CUUCUCCCUCCCCCACGCCCCUCCCGGGUCGGAGUGUCCCUGCGCCCCACGGGCCGGAGCAGCAGCUAGAGCAGCUUUCCCCGCUCCCUCCCCCUCGCCUCCCUCCCCCCCACCCCCCCGCCGAGCGAGGAGGAGCCGGAGGAGAGGAAGAUGGCGGCGGCCGCCAGCACCCGCGGGGCCGCGGGACCGCUCCGAGGAGCCUGAGAGACCCACGGAGGCUUCGCGGGAAGACGCGGCGGCGGAGGAUGAGCCUGCAGAGCGCGCAGUAUCUCCGGCAGGCAGAAGUCCUGAAGGCUGACAUGACAGAUUCUAAGCUGGGUCCAGCUGAGGUCUGGACAUCCAGGCAGGCUCUGCAGGACCUGUACCAGAAAAUGCUAGUUACUGAUUUGGAAUAUGCUUUAGACAAGAAAGUAGAACAGGAUCUCUGGAAUCAUGCCUUUAAGAAUCAGAUCACAACACUACAAGGCCAGGCAAAGAAUCGAGCAAACCCGAAUCGGAGUGAAGUUCAGGCGAACCUUUCUCUGUUUCUAGAGGCAGCUAGUGGCUUCUAUACUCAAUUAUUACAAGAACUCUGUACAGUGUUUAAUGUAGAUUUACCAUGCCGUGUGAAGUCUUCCCAACUGGGAAUUAUCAGCAAUAAACAGACACAUACAAGCGCCAUAGUGAAGCCACAGUCUAGUUCCUGUUCCUAUAUCUGCCAGCACUGCCUCGUCCACCUUGGAGACAUUGCUCGAUACAGAAACCAGACCAGCCAGGCAGAGUCCUACUAUAGGCAUGCAGCUCAGCUUGUCCCUUCCAAUGGUCAGCCUUACAAUCAGUUGGCUAUCUUAGCUUCUUCCAAAGGAGACCAUCUGACCACAAUUUUCUACUACUGCAGAAGCAUUGCUGUGAAGUUCCCUUUCCCAGCAGCCUCCACUAAUCUACAAAAAGCACUUUCUAAAGCACUGGAAAGCCGGGAUGAGGUGAAAACCAAAUGGGGUGUCUCUGACUUCAUCAAGGCCUUUAUUAAAUUCCAUGGUCAUGUGUACCUGAGUAAGAGCUUGGACAAGUUGAGCCCUCUUCGAGAGAAAUUGGAAGAACAGUUUAAGAGGCUGCUAUUCCAAAAAGCUUUCAACUCUCAGCAGUUAGUUCAUGUCACUGUCAUUAACCUGUUUCAACUUCAUCACCUUCGUGACUUUAGCAAUGAAACAGAGCAGCAUAGUUACAGCCAAGAUGAACAGCUGUGUUGGACACAGUUGCUGGCCCUCUUUAUGUCUUUUCUUGGCAUCCUGUGCAAGUGUCCUCUCCAGAAUGAGUCUCAAGAGGAGUCCUACAAUGCCUAUCCCCUUCCUGCAGUCAAGGUUUCCAUGGACUGGCUGAGACUCAGACCUAGGGUCUUUCAGGAGGCAGUGGUGGAUGAAAGACAGUACAUUUGGCCCUGGCUAAUUUCUCUUCUAAAUAGCUUCCAUCCCCAUGAGGAAGAUCUCUCAAAUACUAAUGCUAUACCACUUCCAGAAGAGUUUGAGUUACAAGGAUUCUUGGCUUUGAGACCUUCUUUCAGGACCUUGGAUUUUUCCAAAGGCCACCAGGGUAUUACAGGAGACAAAGAGGGUCAGCAGCGACGAAUACGACAGCAGCGCUUGAUCUGUAUAGGCAAAUGGAUUGCUGAUAAUCAGCCAAGGCUGAUUCAGUGUGAAAAUGAGGUAGGGAAAUUGUUGUUUAUCACAGAAAUCCCAGAGUUAAUACUGGAAGACCCCAGUGAAGCCAAAGAGAACCUCAUUCUGCAAGAAACAUCCGUGAUAGAGUCGCUGGCUGCAGACGGGAGCCCAGGACUGAAAUCAGUGCUGUCUACGGGCCGAAAUGUAAGCAACAACUGUGACACUGGAGAGAAACCAAUGGUCACCUUCAAAGAGAACAUUAAGCCACGGGAAGUGAACAGAGACCAAGGAAGAAGUUUUCCUCCCAAAGAGGUGAGAAGGGACUAUAGCAAAGGAAUAACUAUAACUAUGAAUGAUGGAAAGAAGGACAACAACAAGAGGAAAACUGAAAGCAAGAAAUGCACCUUAGAAAAGUUACAGGAAACAGGAAAGCAGAAUGUGGCAGUGCAGGUAAAAUCCCAGACAGAACUAAGAAAGACUCCAGUAUCUGAAGCCAGGAAAACACCUGUAACUCAAACCCCAAGUCAAGCAGGUAACUCCCAGUUCAUCCCCAUUCAUCACCAUGGAGCUUUCCCUCCUCUUCCCAGCCGGCCAGGGUUCCCACCCCCAACGUAUGUUAUCCCCCCUCCUGUGGCAUUUUCUAUGGGCUCAGGUUACACCUUCCCAGCUGGUGUUUCUGUCCCAGGAACCUUUCUUCAGCCUACAGCUCACUCUCCGGCAGGAAACCAGGUGCAAGCUGGGAAACAGUCCCACAUUCCUUACAGCCAGCAACGGCCCUCUGGACCAGGGCCAAUGAACCAGGGACCUCAACAAUCACAGCCACCUUCCCAGCAACCCCUUAAAUCUUUACCAGCUCAGCCAACAGCACAGUCUACAAGCCAGUUGCAGGUUCAAACUCUAACUCAGCAACAACAGUCCCCUACAAAAGCUGUGCCAGCUCUGGGGAAAAGCCCGCCUCACCACUCUGGAUUCCAGCAGUAUCAACAGGCAGAUGCCUCCAAACAGCUAUGGAAUCCUCCUCAGGUUCAAGGUCCAUUAGGGAAAAUCAUGCCUGUGAAACAGUCCUACUACCUUCAGACCCAAGACCCCAUAAAACUGUUUGAGCCGCCAUUGCAACCUCCUGUAAUGCAGCAGCAGCCUCUAGAGAAAAAAAUGAAGCCUUUUCCCAUGGAGCCAUAUAACCAUAAUCCCUCAGAAGUCAAGGUCCCAGAAUUCUACUGGGAUUCUUCCUACAGCAUGGCUGACAACAGAGCUGUAAUGGCACAGCAAGCAAGUAUAGACCGCAGGGGCAAACGGUCACCAGGAGUCUUCCGUCCAGAGCAGGAUUCUGUGCCCAGGAUGUCAUUUGAGGAUCCCAAGAGCUCCCCUCUGCUUCCUCCGGACCUGUUAAAGAGUCUGGCUGCCUUGGAGGAAGAGGAAGAGCUGAUUUUUUCUAACCCUCCUGAUCUUUACCCAGCUCUGCUGGGGCCUCUCGCCUCUCUUCCUGGACGAAGCCUCUUUAAAUCCUUAUUGGAGAAACCCUCAGAGCUCAUGUCACAUUCAUCCUCAUUCCUGUCCCUCACUGGAUUCUCUCUCAAUCAGGAAAGAUACCCAAAUAACAGUAUGUUCAAUGAGGUAUAUGGGAAAAACCUGACCACCAGCUCCAAAGCAGAACUCAAUCCCUCGAUGGCCCCCCAAGAAACAUCACUGUACUCCCUUUUUGAAGGGACUCCAUGGUCUCCAUCACUUCCUGCCAGUUCAGAUCAUUCAACACCAGCCAGCCAGUCUCCUCAUUCUUCUAACCCAAGCAGCCUGCCUAGCUCUCCUCCAACACACAACCAUAAUUCUGUUCCGUUCUCCAAUUUUGGACCCAUUGGGACUCCAGAUAAUAGGGAUAGAAGGACUGCAGAUCGGUGGAAAACUGAUAAGCCAGCCAUGGGUGGGUUUGGCAUUGAUUAUCUGUCAGCAACGUCAUCCUCUGAGAGCAGUUGGCAUCAGGCCAGCACUCCAAGUGGCACCUGGACAGGCCAUGGCCCCUCCGUGGAGGAUUCUUCUGCUGUCCUCAUGGAAAGCCUAAAGUCUAUCUGGUCCAGUUCCAUGAUGCAUCCUGGACCUUCCGCUCUGGAGCAGCUGUUAAUGCAGCAGAAGCAGAAACAGCAGCGGGGACAAGGCACCAUGAACCCUCCACACUGAGGCCAAAGUGGCAACCCUGGGAAUGAAGGCUCCAUAAACCAUGGCAUGUUGGGUUUGCAGGACUGGCCUAUACAGUCCCCUGCAGGUGGCAGCCCUCUUUUCUGUUUCUUGCCGUCAAGAGGGUGUAAGUGUUCCACCGGCCCGCUGAGUGUGCACGAAAUGUUCGCAGUGCAACAAAAAGAAAAAUCCAUCAGGAAUUCUCCAUCCCCCCGGGGCUUUCUGGAGGGAGAGAGGAACUGCUGUUUGUCUCACUCAGUUUACCUGAUAUCACCGCCUCUCACCUUCUCCAUUGUGCAUGUCCCCAGCCACAUGGGAAGUGAAAGCUGAGAAGGGAAGGCAGAUGGGAGAAGCCAAUGGAAACUUCUCAGUCCUUUUUUCCUCUUUGGGGAAUAAAAUAGGAAUCCAUUAAUGAUUGCUUUGCUGACUGAGAAUGUAGUUGAAAUUAUUCCUGAACAUCUUUUAUUAUUGUUAUUACUCUCAGUAGUAAAAUAUCACACUGAAUUCUUCCAUACACAGGUGUACUUCUAGUCAGUGUGUAGCAAGGAAAGCCCUGUUCACUGUUCCUGUGAGAGGUUGGUGGUGACAGGAUGGGGAACUGACCUCUUCAGCCAGUGGAAGUGUUCCAUAAGGAGAGUGCAAGGCCUCUCAGUAGGUUCUGGCAGGCCCUCCUCUGGCCUGGAGACUCCAGCAGGAAAUGCCCUUCACUCUGUAGGUGCUCGAGCCCAGUCGAGGAUGCAGUGUGAGUGGUGGUGCUGGGCUGGACUAACAGGUGACUGCAAUAGGAUUUCAAAUUAAUGUUUUGAUUCCUGUACAUUUUACAGUAGCAUAGUAAGCAGUCUCACAGAAGGCAGGCUAGUCCAUUCAUGGCCUGACACAUUUUAAUAGGUAGAAGCUUUCAGUGUGGUUAUUUUUUGUUUGGUUGGUUUUUGUGCUCCCAUCCUACUUACCACCUUCCUGCCCUUGUCUCCAUCCCUUUUUACCCUAUGCUGUAUGCUAGUAAUUGUUUUUAUUCCUAAUGUGUACAACAUCUCGCCAAGAAGCAACAGCAUGGGUUCCAGCAGUUGGGUCCCAAAAGACAGUCUGAAGAGGAAGGAAGCAGCGGCAUCUACAUA